CAUUAUCUCUCUCUCUCUACUCUCUGUUGUUCUUCACUUUCUCUCAGUUUACUCUUUCAAACUGGUUAUCGGCGCAUUAUAACUAUACAUCUGCUUAUCCUGCGCACUAUACCGGCCUGAGAGAGAGAUGAAGACGGCGUUGGGGCGCACGGUGAGGAUAUCGAGAUACAGGACAGCGUUGUAGAGAGAGAGAGAUAGAGAGAGAGAUCCGAAUUAGAGGGCUGAGAUUUUGUAGAGAUGGAAGGUCAGAAAAGCCAGGCGAGGCUUACGAGGACUCAGUCUUCACUUCUCCGGUCAUCUCCCACCGUCCGGUCGUCCAUCCACAGCAUGUCUUUCGUGAACGAGAUUACGCCUUCCGACGAACAAGAACCAGACCUGGAAGAACAGAAGCCGCACAAGAAGCCUUCCGGCGCGGCUCCGGCGAGUUUUGGAUUCCGGCCAUUCCGGUCCGGCUCGGCUCGGGAGGCUCCGGCGCUCGUCGCCUCCCUCUUCUCUCUGUACAUCCUCUCCGUCUUCUUCAACUGGGAGGACGUUCCCACAUCGGAGAAUCUUCUCCUGGCGCUCACCUUCGUGGCGGUUGUUCUGUUCAUGGUGCGGAGGAACACGAAACCAAUCCGGCUGGGCUACAUUUUCCUGAAGCGACUAUGCGAGGACUACGCGAAGAGAGUGGGGUUUACGCCCAGGAAGUCCUCGAAGCCGGUGGAGUGGUUCAUCGGGGAGGCGAAACCGAAGGAUUUCGCGAAGGAGAAGAAUAGCGCGGUAGUAAAAGAAGGUGUGGAGUUCUACAGCAAUGGAGACGUGUACGAAGGCGAGUUCCACAAGGGAAGAUGCAAUGGGAGCGGGGUGUAUAGCUACAUAGGAAAUGGAAGGUACGAGGGGGACUGGGUGGACGGAAGGUAUGAUGGUUAUGGGAUAGAGAGCUGGGCCAAAGGGAGCAAGUACAAGGGGCAGUAUAGGCUAGGUCUUCGACAUGGCUACGGAAUCUAUCGAUUCUACACCGGAGAUACCUAUGCCGGGGAGUGGUGUAAUGGGCAGAGCCAUGGCGUUGGGGUUCAGACUUGCUCCGAUGGAAGCUGCUACGUCGGCGAAUUCAAAUGCGGCGUCAAACACGGCCUUGGCUGCUACCAUUUCAGGAAUGGAGAUAGAUAUGCAGGGGAGUAUUUUGGGGAUAAAGUCCAUGGUUUUGGUGUGUAUCACUUUGCUAACGGGCACUGUUACGAAGGGUCAUGGCACGAGGGGCGCAAACAAGGGUAUGGGGCAUACACAUUUCGAAAUGGGGAGACAAGAAGCGGUGAAUGGCACAGUGGCAAUCUCAAAACUUCAUUACCCUCAGUAAAUUACCCAGUACUGGGUGCAGUUCAGUCUUCUAGAAAAGCAGCGCAGAACGCCAUUAACAUUCGUCAGGUGGAAGAUCACAUAAACAAGGUGGUCAUGUCUGCGAACCGAGCUGCUACUGCUGCCCGAGUUGCUGCUGUUAAGGCGGUUCAGAACAGAAUCGACGGGAAAUUUUGUGAUACUAACAGUUAAGUUUCUGAGUACUUGUAAAUGUAAAUUAACCCCCGCCAAGUAUGGUGACGAUAAGCCACCCUGGUAAGCACAAGCUCACCGGAGGUUGAGGAGAGUGUAUUGAGGUUUUGGCUUUUUACCAAACUGUAAGUUGUACAUAAAUCCAGUUGUGUGAAUGAAAAAGAAAGUAUCAUUUUCUCCCAA